AUGGAACUAGCUUGCUGCCCCCGUUGGUAUGCGAACGGCCUGCGGCUUUCCCGCCUCGCACCUGCGCAGUCCCCGUCUAGACACCUCGUGUUAGCAGCUUUGUGUGUCGGACAGCCCUUUUGCUUUUGUCAAAAUAAGCAGAGCAGUUUUGUCCGGAACGGAAAUUUUGAGCCAGACCGAGUCAGCGUCAGAGCCCAUAUACAGGACACACUACAACUGGUGGCAGCAGCGAGACGCUGGAUACAAGAAAAUCAGGUAUGAGCCGAUUUCUUUCUUUUAGAUGUACCGGUAGCUUCGAGAAGUUCUAUUUCUGUUGAUAAGUUGGCUGAAUACAUUAUGCACUGUAAACGUUACCAAAAAAUUGUAACGUAACACAAGUGUCCUUGAAGAUUUAGCAGAGGAACACAUGGCUUGAUACAUGGAGGAAGGAAGACAAAAUUGGACAGGAAAGCUUUGUGUUUACGGAGGACAUGGUGGUUUCAAAGGUCCUCCAGAUCUUCAGACGCUGAGUCCUGUCCCCACAAUGUUCUUCCAACCAGCUAUUCCUCAACUGCCCGUACCCUCUUUGCACGACACCUGCCAGCGUUACCUCACUGCUCAGCUCGUGUUCCUCAGCCCCAAAGAAUAUGCCAAGACGCAGUCCCUCGUUGAUGAAUUUCAGAAGGGGGCAGGUGUUGACCUCAACAAGGAAUUGGUCGAACUGAACAAGAAAAACAGCCAUUUGAGCUACUCAACGGAGAUCUGUAAGGAUUUCUUCCUUCGAAGGAGAAGCCCAAUUCUUAGUGUAGACCCUGUGUAUUUAAUCACCAGUGACAAGAGACGAGAGUAUAUGGACCAGGCAACAAGAGCAACCAAUCUGACUGUGUCCCUGCUGAGAUUCUUGAAGACACUGAGGGAUGACAGGCUCCUCCCAGACGUUAUUCACAGGAACCCUGCCGUUACCAAUACAGAAGACUUCUGGAAGUCAUUCAGGUGGUUUGACAAAUCAAUUNCAACUAAUUGUAACAACAGAUGGGCAGUCCCUGGUAAACAUGGAACAUUCCUGGGGAGAUGGAUUAACCCUGAAGAGGUUGAUGUCAGACGUUUACCAGGAUUCUGUGGCCCAACCAGCCAUCUCAGCAGGGGAUGCUACCGGUAGGGUAGACGGUGCAGAAAGCGUGAAAAGU